AUGGCUUUGAUUUUUGUACUCUCGGCGCAGGAUGCUGGGGAGGAAGGAGGUGAAGUAGAAGAGGACCGUUGGCAGCUUUUCCGGGAGGCAUGCGCGCAGCAGCCCGAAAUGGAUCCCGCCGACUUCCCUUACCGGGUGCUGGAUGAGGACCGCCUUCACGUCCUCCUUCUGGGGCCGCCGCUGACAGGCAAGAGCUCACUGGCAGCCCACCUCGAGCACGGCAAGCGGAAGAUUCUCUCCGUGGAUGCUGCCGUGGACUGGGCGCUGUCAGGACCUGCAACGCUUCAAGGGCCCGCAGAGGAGGAACGAAGAGAGAGACUGCGCAAGCUGAUGGCCACGCAAGAAGAGGAGCACGAAAAGGCAGAGAAGGAGCGAGAAGCCCAGGCCAAGAAGAGCAAGGAAGCGUUCGUGCCGCAAGCUACAAGAUACUCGUUGCCAAUAGAAGAUGUCACCUUCUUCCUGCAACGUCGAAUGCAGCUUCCUGACUGUAACGCUUGCGUUGUGUUCGACGGUGCCGACUCCAACUACUUGCCAUCAGCGGAGCAAGCUGUGACAGCGCUGCUUGGUGCGCUGUGGCCCGAGCAGCUCAUGGUGCUUUCUCUUUCACCAACGACGUGCGAGAAGUUUACCUUGGGCGAAGGCUUGAUGAAAGCCUCUCCGGAGAAUCCAGAUGAGGACGCAGAGCAGCUCAAGACCGAGGUCGCGGCAUUGCAGGCGCAGUAUGCGUCGCUGAAGGCGGCCGCAGAGAGCCGUGUGCAGCAGCUGGAGGCGAUUCUCCCUGAGGCGCAAGCGGGGGCGGAGAAGGCUGCGGCAGACCUCGAAGAGGCGACCGGCAAGCUGGCAGAGCUUUCGGAGAGGCGGAAGCAGAGGGCCGAGGAGGCGGAGGCUGCAGGCGCCGAGGCGGCAGCUGGUGUGGAAGCAUCAGAGGAGGUGGCAGAGAUCGUCGCCGAGAGUGCGGCAACCAUGGCCAAGGAAGAGCAGGACCCAGAGGCAGCCGAGGAAGCGAAGCUUCGUGAGGAGCUGGUGAACAUGGAGGAAGCUGUCAAACAAGCCAAGGCCAAGCAUGCGGAUCUGGAAGCUCAGCUCCAGCGUGCCCGCGAUGUGCUUCAGCAGCUACAGAAGCUUGAGGGACAGGAAGAGACGCUGAUCUCUCGCAGUCGCGAAGUGACAGCAUCCUUGGAGGCCAGCGUGGCCGGCUUCUUGGCCUCGAAGCGCCGCCCACGCGAAGAGGAGGCGGAGGCCGCGGAGGCCGCGGAGGGCGCCGCGGCGGAGGGCGGCCCGGCUCCGGCUGCGGAGACGCCGGAGGCCGCCGCAUCACCGGCACCCGGGAGCAGUCCAGGAGUGAAUGAAGAAGAGGCCACCCAGCCUGCAGUUGACGCCGAGUCACCGACGGAGCCUUUGCAGCCCUUUGCAAGCUUUGCAGCCAUUGGCCUCGAGUCCAGCUUCGAGGAGUCCGGGCCAGACUUCCCCAAGCUCCGGGCCAUUCUUGAUGACGUUGUGCCCGGCGCACGGCCUCCUCCCUGCAUCCCGAAGGAACCGCCCAUCCCUCCGCCGUCCUUCGCACAGGCGGUGGUGCAGAGGCCGCAUCUGCGCCUUCCACGAGCUGCCGUGGAGCGCUUCUCGCUCAUCACGCCGGCCGAGAAUGAGGAAGGCAGGACCUGGGCCCAGGGCCCCAGGGCCUAUGCGCAAAGCGGUCACGCUGUCACGCUGCCAGGGGCAGAGGAGCCAAGGAUGCUCGGCAGAAAACAGCUCACCGAGCUGAUUCUACGACGCCAGGGCCGGUCAAACUCUUUCAUUGCAAACUGUGUUGAGCCAAAGGGUGCUCGGCGAUUUUCCAAGGACGUCAUGCAGCCCACGCGGUGGUUGAUUGAGCCUCACGGGAAAGUGCGGCUCCUCUUGAAGUUCUUCUCGGAGGAGCUGUCGUCUGCAGGUUGCUGUAGGUAG